UUGUUAUAGUGAUAAUAAUAAUAAUACGUACGUAUAUAUAAUGUAUAAUUAAUAUUAGGUACGAUGAAUUAGAACAACAAGCAAUGGAGCAAUAUAGAACUUCAGAGGAAUCUUUGGCGCUUAAAUAUCAAGAACUCGAACGUCAAGCAAUGGAACAAUACAAGUUUUGUAGCAGCAACGUACAAGAUGAUACAGUUCCACGUACGCUGAUGGAUGAUAAAAAUAUUUAUGAACGAUUUAAAAAAAAUUUUAAAGAAGAAAAUUGUUUUGGUGGACAAAAAUGUUCCGGUUUUGGAAAAUGUAGUCCUGUAAAUACGGACGUGAAAGAAGAAGGAGAUGAUUUUCUACAGAAACAGGGAAAUUUUGUUCGAAUGGAAAAUAAGAAUGAAUUGGAUGUUCCUUGUCGAUUUUUCUCCGAUAAAAAUAGUCGAUCAAAUAUUCUUUCAAAAAGUUUGACUACCUUAUCUGAAGAAUUAUCUCAAAAAUCGAAAAACACAGCUAAGGGUGCAUCAGGUGAUAAAAUCAGCAAAAGUGUUUCAGUACGGACAUCGUCAAAAAGGCGUCUGAUACUGGUGUCACCCUUUGAGAAAGAAUCAGAAGCCAAAUUAACGAGAUCAACUGAUCUAGAAGAAUUUUAUUGUAUCACACGAGCAAAUAAAAAUAUCUUCGGCUAUUACAAUAAUUCAAAAAUCGGACAAAUUGGUGGUGGAGAUGAAAAUAUAACUAUAAUUCAAUCUCCCAGAACAGAAGUUUGGCUCUCAGGUUUUUGGACCACAUGAAGAGUGAAACUUUUAGGAAUCAAGAAAGGAAUAAAACUCAUUUAAUAAAGAAGACAAUCAUAUUAAAUAGAUUAAUGUAUUUAAAUAUUAUAAUAAAUGCUUCGAAAAUUCUGUAUAAUAUAUAUGCAUAUAUAUUUUAAUAAAAAUGA